AAACCGCCGUCUACAACUAUUCUCGCCUCUAGUCCGUCCAUAAGGGUAGGCUUCUCGUUCCGCUCAGUUAGCGUUCUGUUUCCAUUCUCCUCCACUCGGUCUCCGUCAGCUCUGUUCUUCAAGCUCGUCAGCAGUAGGAAUGGUUUGAAGACUCGGCUUAGAUUGUCGGUUCCGGCUUGUCGGCAAUAAUUCGGCGAAACCGUAGAAGCGUUUCUUAACGUCGUCAGAGAUCAAGCGACGAACAUCGUCCAGCUUCAGCGGUAGGUUGAGCAGCUGUUUCUUAAAGCCAGGGACACAAGUUCCUAGAACCUGGGGCAAGUGUUUUUCAGUUGGUUGGGAAAAACCAGGUUUUGUGUCGUGAGGUUCGCCGGCCAAUCAGUAGUUUUAGUCCCAACCAACUGUUUUACAGUUGAUAAACUAGGUAGAUGUCACCUGCGAAGUCACGAGCAUGGUCGAGAUUCAACGAAUGUUCUGCUGGCGAUGUCGCGCGACAGUUGGCUCAUGAGCACAUUCGAAUCGGAAAUCCGGCUUCAGAACGGCGACAUUCGGCGUACCAGCUGACGAUUUGUCAUGGAAAUGGUUCACACGCACAUCCGGGAUCGGAACGGCGACAGUUGGCUCAUGAGACCAUUCGACACGGACAUCCGGGGUCGGAACGGCGAUAUUCGGCGUUCCAGCGGACGAUUUGUCAAGGAGAUAGUUCACACGCACCUGACGACUGGACAGACGUUAGACCUGCCUGUCGGAUCGGCUGGCGCCCUCUCGUUCGGAUUCACUCCAUUUUCACGGUAAAUGGCGGAUCGGAGGGUACUGGGGGGAUCGUAGCGUCUAAGUCGCCAUAUAGAGCGUUCUUAAGAAGAUAUAUUUUUAUCGAGUCUUGAGCUCUCGUUCGUGUUACUAACUCGCUCUUGUGUUGGCUUGUGCAUGUGUGCUCCGCGCUUUCGCCUCCGCUGAUGGUGGUGUCGGAUGUCCGAGCCAUCGAGGCUGUCGGUCUCGUCAAGCGACGACCAAGCGACUCAAGCCAGCGCGGUGCAAUGACACGAUGGCGGACGGAUGGCAUCGUCGGCACCAGCAGGGUUGGCGUCGCAUGACGACGAAGAGCCUCUUUUGCCGCGCCGGCGCCUCUCAACUCCACCUGCGCUUCACCUUCGCCAGGACGGGCUGCACGUGAAGAAGACAGCUCACGAGCUCCAACACCACCUGCAGCAGCCAACCCCUCCUCGCUCCUCGCUCCUCGCUCCUCACACCUCACUCCUCGCUCCUCGCUCCUCGCUCCUCACACCUCACUCCUCACUCCUCACUCCUCGCUCCUCACUCCUCGCUCCUCACUCCUCGCUCCUCACUCCUCGCUCCUCACUCCUCGCUCCUCACUCCUCGCUCCUCACACCUCACUCCUCACUCCUCACUCCUCGCUCCUCACUCCUCGCUCCUCACUCCUCGCUCCUCACUCCUCGCUCCUCACUCCUCACUCCUCGCUCCUCACUCCUCACUCCUCACUCCUCACUCCUCGCUCCUCACUCCUCGCUCCUCACUCCUCGCUCCUCACUCCUCGCUCCUCACUCCUCGCUCCUCACUCCUCGCUCCUCACUCCUCACUCCUCGCUCCUCACUCCUCGCUCCUCACUCCUCACUCCUCACUCCUCGCUCCUCACUCCUCACUCCUCGCUCCUCACUCCUCACUCCUCACUCCUCGCUCCUCACUCCUCACUCCUCACUCCUCACUCCUCACUCCUCGCUCCUCACUCCUCACUCCUCACUCCUCGCUCCUCACUCCUCACUCCUCACUCCUCACUCCUCGCUCCUCACUCCUCGCUCCUCACUCCUCACUCCUCGCUCCUCACUCCUCACUCCUCACUCCUCACUCCUCACUCCUCGCUCCUCACUCCUCACUCCUCACUCCUCACUCCUCACUCCUCACUCCUCGCUCCUCACUCCUCACUCCUCACUCCUCGCUCCUCCGCUGUGCUUCACCUUCACUGGGCUGCAAGGAAAGAAGACAAGUACGUUGCUGGAGCAAGGGAGGUGGGGGGGAUUGUGUCUGCAGGCAGCCUAGAGUGUCACCGUGUCAUUUUCGUUCCGCGUCCCUUUUGACCUUGAUCAUGUGCUAACAUCUCGCUUCGGUCGUCUUCGUUUUGCCUUUUUUCUCUCCCAUGUGCGAGGCGUUGGAUCGGUUGAUGACCUCCAACACCGGCAGCAGCGGCGAUGGCAGCAGCAGUGGCGAUGGCUGCAGCAGUGGGGAUGGCAGCAGCAGUGGCGAUGGCAGCAGCGGUGGCGAUGGCAGCAGCAGUGGCGAUGGCAGCAGCAGAGGCGAUGGCAGCAGCAGUGGCGAUGGCAGCAGAGGAGGAACUGCCUCUCUCUCGCGGACGCUUUCAACCCCACUGCUUCAACAGGACCCGCUGCAUCCAGCAGGAGGUUUGACUUGGAUCUGGGAAGUGGGGGGGUCGUCUAGCGCGUCUACCAUAGGCCGCCUAGAGAGUCCUCCUGUGGCCUUUCGUCGUAUUUCUGCAUCGUCUACCCCCGCCUCCCUUUUUCUGGUUGCUAGGAAUCACACUGGAGCUUCACAUCACCCUUGAGAACGUUAGUGUCAACAGAGGCGCCAGCAGCGCCAGCAGCAGCAGUGGUGGCUGCGGGUGCAGCAGAGGGAAAGCGGCCUGCCCUUGUCCAAGACGUGCUGCAAGGAAGCAGGAAAGGUUUGUUGGCAGAUCAAGGGAGGUGGGGGGGAUUGGGUCUAUAGGCCGCCUAGAGAGUCACCAUGUUACUUUCUUUUCGAGUCCUGUCUAACCUUGCUCGUGCUAAUGCCUUUUUUUUCUCUCUUCUCCUUGUGCAUUGUUUUGUCUUCCCUUCCUCUUCCUGUUUGAGAGGCGUUAGAGUGUCUCCGCAGCUCCACAUCAGCUGCAGCAGCCUUGCCAGCAGUGGUGAGUGCAUGAGCGGGAUCGUGACCUCUUCCGCCCUUAGCCGUCAUCUCCUGCCUGACACCAUCCGCUUCAUUACCUAGCCAAGUUUCUUCUCCGCCCUGAACAAGGCCGUGCAUGCUGCUACCUGCUUCAUUUCUUUCCUUGUUUUGAUCGCAUGUGCUCCCAUGCUUUUCCUUCAAGAAUUUGGCCACUGGACCCCCCACUGCAGGUCAACCCCACAGGUUCAGGCCCCCAGGUUCACCCCCUCAGGUCCCCUUGGGUUCUGUGGCUUGUGCUUGUCCCUCCACCAGUGGCCCCUCCCUUCUCUCGCCUUGUGAAUUCAGCAUGUUUUUCUGUCAGUUCUCUCUGGCCCUUGGUUCUCUCACUGUGCACUAACUAGCGCUAUGUGUGCACCGGCAGGUGGAGGGAGGCGCGUUAAGGUCAACACCGAUGCCGCUGUACUCCCCUUCCACUGCAACUACUGCGGCCAUCUCAGUGGCUGUUGUCGCAGCCGCGUUGUGCAUGGAGCGCAGGAGAGUGGUGCUCAACACAGUAGCAGCAACUGCUGCAGGGUUACUAACAGCGCUAACACAAGCACCACCUUGCCCUAGUUUCACCUCAUUGCUUUGUUCUUUGUUUGUUUUGCUCGUUAUUUCGCUGUCACCUCUCUUAAGCCUAUCUUGCUCUGGCCAUCUGUCAUCUCCACUUUCUCCUCCACGUCUCGGCUGUCCUGCCCUCUCCUCUCCCCGCCCAGCUGCAGCCACCCCUGCAAGCCCACUGGAGCUCAAGGCAGCAGCAACAGUGGCAGCACGAACGGCUGAAGCAGUGGCAGCACAAACGGCUGCAGCAGUGGCAGCACAAACGGCUGCAGCAGUGGCAGCACAAACGGCUGCAGCAGUGGCAGCACAAACGGCUGCAGCAGCAACAGAGUCGCGUACUUGCCCCAUCUUCACCACACA